AUGCUGGCCGAGCUUGGCUGGCAUAUGGCCAACCUUAUAUGCGACUUCAUAGUAUCUGGCAUCUCGCUGCGCAGGACCGGGCGGAUGAAGCAAAGGUAUACUAAUGACCGCAUUGGGGCUGCCGGCUGUAGCUGCUCCUCCUGGAGCAAGAUCCUGUUCAGUCUAGCAUUUCCGAGUAGCACGCACUAUGACUCCCAGAAGCCAACAAGGCACGCGUUGAUAUGCGAGAAACCCAAACGACGGUUAUUAUCCUGUCACAGCAGUGUUACCUUUGGUUAUGUGGUAGCAAAAGUGUUGCGCUACUGCCGGCAACAUAUGCCUAGCGUUUCGCUGGAGGGAGGGGGGUUACGGCCUCUGCCGCCUCUAUGUUUGCUUGCUGUGGCCUUUGCCGAUCUGCCUGACGAGGGAACGAGAAACCACACCAUCCGACACGGUGUAACAGCAUAG